AAAAAUGAAAAACAGCAUAAUUAUAGCUGGAGCAAAACGAAAAACUUAAGGCAAAAUACUUGACGCGAGCGACGUUAUUAGAAAAUGUGCAAUAGUUGUUGAGGCGGCCGCUUGUGAAGCUGUUUUUGCUCUGCAAUUUGCAGACAACAACCUUGAAUACAUAUGUGUGUGUGUGUGAGCGAGUGUGUGUGUGUGCGUGUGUAUUUUGUGUAUAUAAACAAAGUGCGAACGCGGGAAUCGCCACGGUUAAAAAUUGUGCAGGCUGCCAAAUAGAAAAAAUGUCCACAGUGCGCUGCAUCAAUUUCUGGGAUCUGUGCCGCAUCUGCACGGCGAGCAGCGAGCACAAAAUCAACAUUUACUCAGCUGACGGACGCGCCAAAAAUCUCUGUCAAAAAAUCACAGAAUGUCUGCCAGUUCAAAUCGAUGAGAAGGAUCGUCUGCCCAAGGUGGUCUGUGCCCAGUGCGCCCAGCAAUUGGAUCAGGUCUACGAGAUGCGGAACAUAUCGCUAAACUCGCAGACGAUACUCAACAAUUGGCUCAAUCAUCGCACGCUGCAGUCCGAUGAUAAGGUCUUCAUAAAGGAUGCCAUCAAUAACACCGGCAAGAGUCUCAGCGUGCUGGGCACUGCAUCCAAUAACAACAACAACAACAACAGCAGCAGCAAUAGUCAACCAAAUGAUCUGCUUAGCAGCAUUAUGCAGGCUGUGGGCAUGCAGGUGCAACAACAACAACAACAACAGCCCCAACAUCAGCAUCAGCAACAACCACAGCAAUACACAAUCACUGUGGAUAGCCACGUGCAGACGCAUUCACUUCCUGCCCAGCCUGACAUCAAGUCAGAUAAGCAAAACACUCUGGAAGAAUUUAUACGCCUAAAGCCGGACAUAAAAAUCACGCCAUUGGGCAAGAAGGACAAUGUACACAGUUCAACCAGCAGCAGCAGCAUGUCCAAUCUUAAGCAACAGCAACAGCAGCAGCAACAUCAGUCGACGCAAGUGUCGCAUUUGCAGACGCAGACGCAGCAAACGUUGACAGCGCUGCCGGCACCUGCAGCACAGCUGCAGCUGCAGCCGCAACAGAUAAACGAGCUCAAUGCGCUGCUGCAGCAACAGGCGCUGUGGCAGCAACUGCAACAGCUGCAGCAGUCACAGACGCAGACCCAGUUUACGAGCUGCGGCGAUGAUGGACUCAACUCGACGGACAGCAAGAAACCCAAAUUGAAUUUCGUGAUCUCGUCACCGGCUGCAGCAGCUCCGCAAUUUACUAGCAGUCUGACACCGUUUGGCAGUGUCUCUGGUGGCCAGCCCCAAAUACAGCUGCAACUUAUGCCUGGUGGCGGUGGUUCGGGUUCAGCUGGCACAACUGGCAGCUUGUCUGCCACGCAUCCGACGCAGCAAUUAAAUGCCGCUGCGCUGCUUUCGCUGGCCGGCACUCAGCUGGUGGGCAGCAAUGGUGCCGCCAAUAUGCUCUCGCCCAACAAAUGCUUCUUGCCGAUCACCAUACGGGAUGAGAACUCCGAUCAGCAGAUUGUCGCACACAUUGACACCAAGAAUCUGGUGCUGCCCACCACAUAUCAAGUGCAAAUGAAGCUGCAGCCACAAUUGGCCACUGCUGAUGGUCAGCCAAUAAUGCAGUUGACGCCGACUUCCAUUCCAGCCACAUUGCAGUUGACGCCGCAAACUUUGAGCAAUGCAACAGCGUUCACAACAGCGACGACAUCCCAUCAAAAUCAGUUCCUUGUGCCGCAACAGCCACAACAGCAGCAGCAGCAGCAGCAACAACAACAACAACAACAACAAAAUCUGCAACAACAACAACAUCUGCAACAACAACAACAUUUACCGCCUGCCACAGCGCAAGUGACAUCCCAGCAAAUAAUUCGAUCUCCGCAUGGAAGCGCAAUUAACCCACAAGUGGUUAUACGCAACAUCAGCUCCGAGCCUGGCACACCGAUAAGCAUUGGCAAUGCCGAGGGUUCGAUUACCUUCAAGAUGCCCUCGCCACGAGAGCAGCAGCGCCAGCAGCAGCAGCAGCAGACGAAACUUAAAACGUCAACUGCCAAUUCAACAUUUGGGACAGCUGUUUCGGCUGCAGCUGCUGCUGUUGCUGCACCCAGUGCAGAUUUAAGCAAGCGUGUGGCACAGGUCAAACAGCCAUCAAAUGUGCCGCCCAGCAAUGUUGCUGCCCUGCAGCGACUCUCUUCCAACACAACCAUCACCAAGCUGCCCAAGCAGCAGCCGCCGUCUGUGGCAGGCAAUAAAAUGCCGCUGCUGAAUAAACAGAAUAUAACCAUCAGUCGCAUCUCAAAUCAAGCGCCGACCAAGCCGGAGCUCAAAGCGACAGCCACAUCACAGAUGCAAUCACAAUCGCAACCACAACCACAACAGCAACCACCCAAACCACAGGCGCAGCCUCAGCCGCAACCGGCAGCAACUCCAGCGGCGCCAGAACCAGCAUUCCCAAAUAUUCUCAACCAGCGGAAAGUCAUACGCAAGCCGCCCGAGGUGCAUCCAAAGGCAAAGAUUGCACGUCCACCGCAACAGAUUCUGCCCGUGCCUGCCCAGCAGCAGUCGUCACCACUGACCCAGCAGCAGCAGCAGCACCAGCAGCAGCAGGUCAGCAACACUGCUGUCGCUGUGCUGCCAAUUACGCCGACGGCGACGCCAACGGUGACCCUCACCUGUCCCACCUGCAGUCGCGAGUUCAAGAAGAAGGAGCAUCUGACACAGCACAUCAAGCUGCACGCCGGCCUGCGUCCCUUCAAGUGCACCGAGGAAGGCUGCGACAAGGCGUUCAGUCGCAAGGAGCACUUGUCGCGCCAUCUGGUCUCCCACUCGGGCCACAAGAUGUUCACCUGCGACGAAUGCAAGAAGCCCUUCUCGCGCAAGGACAAUCUCAACAAGCACAAGCGCACUCACAAUGCACCGCCUGGCGAGACGCGGCUGCACAGCUGUGAUAUAUGCAACAAAAACUUUUCAUCCAAGCAGCAGUAUGAAAAGCACCGGGAAAUGCAUAAGAAAACGCCCGUCGGUAAUGCAGCGUCAUCCACGCAACCCGCUGGCGCCACCCGUCAGCCUGCCAAGGAUAUCUUUGAGGUCAAACGGGCAGCGCCCACAGCACAGCAAACGCAGACGACGCAGCAAUCGCAAAUGCAGGUGCAACAACAGACGCAACCGGCGCCACAGCAGCCACAGAUCAUGCAUGUGGAUCUGGAUGGAAGUACCAUUACCAUCACGCAGGCGUCCGAUGCCAGCAUGCCAACAUCUCUGGCCAACUUUGUGCAGCUGGGCUAUUCUCAAUUCCAGAACUCCAGUGGGCCCACAAGCCAAAUAGUUUGUAAACUUGAGAAGUAAACACCCAAACUAUUUUGGCUGAAGUUCAUUUUCUAGUCCUUGCCUGGGUUUCAUCAUGAUUCUCCUUGUCGCUCUUCGAUAGCCAGUUUCGGAUAUAAGUCCCAUAUUAAUUUUAUCGUUUUAUUUAUUUAUAUAAUCCCAUGUUCGUUUUCUCAAUUUGUGCAAUAACUGAUAGUUUUUUCUUAUUUAUAAU